CCGAAGGCGUGACGAAUGCGCCACGAACCGAGGGCCGAGCAAAACUGAACGAAAGUCGCACUCUGCGGACGCACACGCGCUGCGGCAGCUGACAGUUUCAGUAAACCACGGAGACGAACGGAUUACGGCUCUGGGAACAAAACGCAACGUUUGAUGAAAAUUUUUGGCAACACGUCGCGUCGUCUUGUUAACCACACAAAAAAUUAUAUAAAAAACCAAUUCAAUUACCCAAUGAUAAUACAGAUUUAACAAACAAAACCAAAGCAAAUAAAAGCAAACAAAAAUACAAAUAUAAAAAACAAAACAAAAAACAAACAAAAAAAAAACAAAACAAAACAAAACAAACAACAAAUUCAUCUUCUACUUGUUCUACCGCUUCAACUUUAUUCGUCUUCGUCUCCGUAAUAAAUAUUUAUAUAAAGUAUACAUAUAUAUAUAUAUAUAUAUAUAUAUAUCUAUGUAUAUGUAUGCAUAUGCGUGUGAGUGCGUCGCGUGUGUGUUGGUGCCCGUAAAUGUGUGAGCCACAGCAACAACAACAACAGCAACAGCAGCAGCCAGAGCCACAACCACAACAACAACAGUAGUUAACAGCAGCAACAAUUCUUAGCAGCAGCAACAACAACAACAAUACAAGCAAGCACCCUCACAACAAAAGCAGCAAGAACAACAACAACCACAAUAGCAACUAUUGCAACAACAACAUCAGCGGAUAGAGCGAGCAGCCAGGCACAACAUCGAUAGACAUCGAUUAACGCAUCGUGCUAAGCGGCGGGCGCUAAUCGAACAUGGCGCCUCGGAUAUAGUUGUAGCUUUAAUGUAGCAGGCGACAUCCAUGUGCCUCAUGCCUUGGAAAUCUAAGGCUCUCAUCGUUGGCCGCAUAGACAAUGACAGAAGAUUCCGACUCGAUAUCUGAGGAAGAACGCAGUUUGUUCCGUCCCUUUACCCGCGAAUCAUUGGUGCAAAUCGAACAACGCAUUGCCGCUGAACAUGAAAAGCAGAAGGAGCUGGAAAGAAAGAGAGCCGAGGGAGAGGUGCCGCAAUAUGGUCGCAAGAAAAAACAAAAAGAAAUCCGAUAUGAUGACGAGGACGAGGAUGAAGGUCCACAACCGGAUCCUACACUUGAACAGGGUGUGCCAAUACCUGUUCGAUUGCAGGGCAGCUUCCCGCCGGAAUUGGCCUCCACUCCUCUCGAGGAUAUCGAUCCCUACUACAGCAAUGUACUGACAUUCGUAGUUGUAAGCAAAGGAAAAGAUAUUUUUCGCUUUUCUGCAUCAAAAGCAAUGUGGCUGCUCGAUCCAUUCAAUCCGAUACGUCGUGUGGCCAUUUACAUUCUAGUGCAUCCAUUAUUUUCCCUAUUCAUCAUCACCACAAUUCUCGUCAACUGCAUCCUGAUGAUAAUGCCGACAACGCCCACGGUUGAGUCCACUGAGGUGAUAUUCACCGGAAUCUACACAUUUGAAUCAGCUGUUAAAGUGAUGGCACGAGGUUUCAUUUUAUGCCCGUUUACGUAUCUUAGAGAUGCAUGGAAUUGGCUGGACUUCGUAGUAAUAGCUUUAGCUUAUGUGACCAUGGGUAUAGAUUUAGGUAAUCUAGCUGCCCUGCGAACGUUUAGGGUGUUGCGAGCGCUUAAAACCGUAGCCAUUGUGCCAGGCUUGAAGACCAUCGUCGGCGCCGUCAUCGAAUCGGUGAAGAAUCUGCGCGAUGUGAUAAUCCUGACCAUGUUCUCCCUGUCGGUGUUCGCGUUGAUGGGCCUACAGAUCUACAUGGGCGUGCUCACGCAGAAGUGCAUCAAGAAGUUCCCGCUGGACGGCUCCUGGGGCAAUCUGACCGACGAGAACUGGGACUAUCACAAUCGCAAUAGCUCCAAUUGGUACUCCGAGGACGAGGGCAUCUCAUUUCCGUUGUGCGGCAAUAUAUCCGGUGCGGGGCAAUGCGACGACGACUACGUGUGCCUGCAGGGGUUUGGUCCGAAUCCAAAUUACGGCUACACCAGCUUCGAUUCGUUCGGUUGGGCAUUCCUGUCCGCGUUCCGGCUGAUGACGCAGGACUUUUGGGAGGACCUGUACCAGCUGGUGUUGCGCGCCGCCGGACCAUGGCACAUGCUGUUCUUUAUAGUCAUCAUCUUCCUAGGUUCAUUCUAUCUUGUGAAUUUGAUUUUGGCCAUUGUUGCCAUGUCGUAUGACGAAUUGCAAAAGAAGGCCGAAGAAGAGGAGGCUGCCGAAGAGGAGGCGAUACGUGAAGCGGAAGAAGCUGCCGCCGCCAAAGCGGCCAAGCUGGAGGAGCGGGCCAAUGCGCAGGCUCAGGCAGCAGCGGAUGCGGCUGCCGCCGAAGAGGCUGCACUGCAUCCGGAGAUGGCCAAGAGUCCGACGUAUUCUUGCAUCAGCUAUGAGCUAUUUGUUGGCGGCGAGAAGGGCAACGAUGACAACAACAAGGAGAAGAUGUCCAUUCGGAGCGUCGAGGUGGAGUCGGAGUCGGUGAGCGUUAUACAAAGACAACCAGCACCUACCACAGCACACCAAGCUACCAAAGUUCGUAAAGUGAGCACGACAUCCUUAUCCUUACCUGGUUCACCGUUUAACAUACGCAGGGGAUCACGUAGUUCUCACAAGUACACGAUACGGAACGGGCGUGGCCGCUUUGGUAUACCCGGUAGCGAUCGUAAGCCAUUGGUAUUGUCAACAUAUCAGGAUGCCCAGCAGCACUUGCCCUAUGCCGACGACUCGAAUGCCGUCACCCCGAUGUCCGAGGAGAAUGGGGCCAUCAUAGUGCCCGUGUACUAUGGCAAUCUAGGCUCUCGGCACUCAUCGUAUACCUCGCAUCAGUCCCGAAUAUCGUAUACCUCACAUGGCGAUCUACUCGGCGGCAUGGCCGUCAUGGGCGUCAGCACAAUGACCAAGGAGAGCAAAUUGCGCAACCGCAACACACGCAAUCAAUCAGUGGGCGCCACCAAUGGCGGCACCACCUGCCUGGACACCAAUCACAAGCUCGAUCAUCGCGACUACGAAAUUGGCCUGGAGUGCACGGACGAAGCUGGCAAGAUUAAACAUCAUGACAAUCCUUUUAUCGAGCCCGUCCAGACACAAACGGUGGUUGACAUGAAAGAUGUGAUGGUCCUGAAUGACAUAAUCGAACAGGCCGCUGGUCGGCACAGUCGGGCAAGCGAUCGCGGUGUCUCCGUUUACUAUUUCCCAACAGAGGACGAUGACGAGGAUGGGCCGACGUUCAAAGACAAGGCACUCGAAGUGAUCCUCAAAGGCAUCGAUGUGUUUUGUGUGUGGGACUGUUGCUGGGUUUGGUUGAAAUUUCAGGAGUGGGUAUCGCUCAUCGUCUUCGAUCCCUUCGUCGAGCUCUUCAUCACGCUGUGCAUUGUGGUCAACACGAUGUUCAUGGCGAUGGAUCACCACGAUAUGAACAAGGAGAUGGAGCGCGUGCUCAAGAGUGGCAACUAUUUCUUCACGGCCACCUUCGCCAUCGAGGCCACCAUGAAGCUGAUGGCCAUGAGCCCCAAGUACUAUUUCCAGGAGGGCUGGAACAUCUUCGACUUCAUCAUCGUGGCCCUAUCACUCUUGGAGCUGGGACUCGAGGGUGUCCAGGGUCUGUCCGUCUUGCGUUCCUUUCGAUUGCUGCGUGUAUUUAAAUUGGCGAAAUCUUGGCCAACACUUAAUUUACUCAUUUCGAUUAUGGGACGCACCAUGGGCGCUUUGGGUAAUCUGACAUUUGUACUUUGCAUUAUCAUCUUCAUCUUUGCGGUGAUGGGAAUGCAACUGUUCGGAAAGAAUUAUCAUGAUCACAAGGACCGCUUUCCGGAUGGCGACUUGCCGCGCUGGAACUUCACCGACUUCAUGCACAGCUUCAUGAUCGUGUUCCGGGUGCUCUGCGGAGAAUGGAUCGAGUCCAUGUGGGACUGCAUGUACGUGGGCGACGUCUCGUGCAUUCCCUUCUUCUUGGCCACCGUUGUCAUCGGCAAUCUUGUGGUACUUAACCUUUUCUUAGCCUUGCUUUUGUCCAAUUUUGGCUCAUCUAGCUUAUCAGCGCCGACUGCCGAUAACGAUACGAAUAAAAUAGCCGAGGCCUUCAAUCGAAUUGGCCGAUUUAAAAGUUGGGUUAAGCGUAAUAUUGCUGAUUGUUUCAAGUUAAUACGUAACAAAUUGACAAAUCAAAUAAGUGAUCAACCAUCAGGUGAGAGGACCAACCAGAUCAGUUGGAUUUGGAGCGAAGAGCAUGGUGACAACGAACUGGAGCUGGGCCACGACGAGAUCCUCGCCGACGGCCUGAUCAAGAAGGGGAUCAAGGAGCAGACGCAACUGGAGGUGGCCAUCGGGGAUGGCAUGGAGUUCACGAUACACGGCGACAUGAAGAACAACAAGCCGAAGAAAUCCAAAUAUCUAAAUAACGCAACGAUGAUUGGCAACUCAAUUAACCACCAAGACAAUAGACUGGAACACGAGCUAAACCAUAGAGGUUUGUCCUUACAGGACGACGACACUGCCAGCAUUAACUCAUAUGGUAGCCAUAAGAAUCGACCAUUCAAGGACGAGAGCCACAAGGGCAGCGCCGAGACGAUGGAGGGCGAGGAGAAGCGCGACGCCAGCAAGGAGGAUUUAGGUCUCGACGAGGAACUGGACGAGGAGGGCGAAUGCGAGGAGGGCCCGCUCGACGGUGAUAUCAUUAUUCAUGCACACGACGAGGAUAUACUCGAUGAAUAUCCAGCUGAUUGCUGCCCCGAUUCGUACUAUAAGAAAUUUCCGAUCUUAGCCGGUGACGAUGACUCGCCGUUCUGGCAAGGAUGGGGCAAUUUACGACUGAAAACUUUUCAAUUAAUUGAAAAUAAAUAUUUUGAAACAGCUGUUAUCACUAUGAUUUUAAUGAGUAGCUUAGCUUUGGCAUUAGAAGAUGUACAUCUGCCACAAAGACCCAUACUGCAGGAUAUUUUAUACUAUAUGGACAGAAUAUUUACGGUUAUAUUCUUCUUGGAAAUGUUAAUCAAGUGGUUGGCGCUCGGCUUCAAAGUGUACUUCACCAACGCGUGGUGUUGGCUCGAUUUCGUGAUUGUCAUGGUAUCGCUUAUCAACUUCGUUGCUUCACUUGUUGGAGCUGGUGGUAUUCAAGCCUUCAAGACUAUGCGAACGUUAAGAGCACUGAGACCACUACGUGCCAUGUCCCGUAUGCAGGGCAUGAGGGUCGUCGUUAAUGCGCUGGUACAAGCUAUACCGUCCAUCUUCAAUGUGCUAUUGGUGUGUCUAAUAUUUUGGCUAAUUUUUGCCAUAAUGGGUGUACAGCUUUUUGCUGGAAAAUAUUUUAAGUGCGAGGACAUGAACGGCACGAAGCUCAGCCACGAGAUCAUACCAAAUCGCAAUGCCUGCGAGAGCGAGAACUACACGUGGGUGAAUUCAGCAAUGAAUUUCGAUCAUGUAGGUAACGCGUAUCUGUGCCUUUUCCAAGUGGCCACCUUCAAAGGCUGGAUACAAAUCAUGAACGAUGCUAUCGAUUCACGAGAGGUGGACAAGCAACCAAUUCGUGAAACGAACAUCUACAUGUAUUUAUAUUUCGUAUUCUUCAUCAUAUUUGGAUCAUUUUUCACACUCAAUCUGUUCAUUGGUGUUAUCAUUGAUAAUUUUAAUGAGCAAAAGAAAAAAGCAGGUGGAUCAUUAGAAAUGUUCAUGACAGAAGAUCAGAAAAAGUACUAUAAUGCUAUGAAAAAGAUGGGCUCUAAAAAACCAUUAAAAGCCAUUCCAAGACCAAGGUGGCGACCACAAGCAAUAGUCUUUGAAAUAGUAACCGAUAAGAAAUUCGAUAUAAUCAUUAUGUUAUUCAUUGGUCUGAACAUGUUCACCAUGACCCUCGAUCGUUACGAUGCGUCGGACACGUAUAACGCGGUCCUAGACUAUCUCAAUGCGAUAUUCGUAGUUAUUUUCAGUUCCGAAUGUCUAUUAAAAAUAUUCGCUUUACGAUAUCACUAUUUUAUUGAGCCAUGGAAUUUAUUUGAUGUAGUAGUUGUCAUUUUAUCCAUCUUAGGUCUCGUACUUAGCGAUAUUAUCGAGAAGUACUUCGUGUCGCCGACCCUGCUCCGAGUGGUGCGUGUGGCGAAAGUGGGCCGUGUCCUUCGACUGGUGAAGGGAGCCAAGGGCAUUCGGACACUGCUCUUCGCGUUGGCCAUGUCGCUGCCGGCCCUGUUCAACAUCUGCCUGCUGCUGUUUCUGGUCAUGUUCAUCUUUGCCAUCUUCGGCAUGUCGUUCUUCAUGCACGUGAAGGAGAAGAGCGGCAUCAACGACGUCUACAACUUCAAGACCUUUGGCCAGAGCAUGAUCCUGCUCUUUCAGAUGUCGACGUCAGCCGGUUGGGAUGGUGUACUGGACGCCAUUAUCAAUGAGGAAGCAUGCGAUCCACCCGACAACGACAAAGGCUAUCCGGGCAAUUGUGGUUCAGCGACCGUUGGAAUAACGUUUCUCCUCUCAUACCUAGUUAUAAGCUUUUUGAUAGUUAUUAAUAUGUACAUUGCUGUCAUUCUCGAGAACUAUAGUCAGGCCACCGAGGACGUGCAAGAGGGUCUGACCGACGACGACUACGACAUGUACUAUGAGAUCUGGCAGCAAUUCGAUCCGGAGGGCACACAGUAUAUACGCUAUGAUCAGCUGUCCGAAUUCCUGGACGUACUGGAGCCCCCGCUGCAGAUCCACAAACCGAACAAGUACAAGAUCAUAUCGAUGGACAUACCCAUCUGUCGCGGCGACCUCAUGUACUGCGUCGACAUCCUCGACGCCCUUACGAAAGACUUCUUUGCGCGCAAGGGCAAUCCGAUUGAGGAGACGGGUGAGAUCGGUGAGAUAGCGGCCCGGCCGGAUACGGAGGGCUACGAGCCCGUCUCAUCAACGCUGUGGCGUCAGCGUGAGGAGUACUGUGCCCGGCUCAUCCAGCACGCCUGGCGAAAGCACAAGGCGCGCGGCGAGGGUGGUGGCUCCUUCGAGCCGGAUGCGGAUCAGGGCGAUGGCGGUGAUCCGGAUGCCGGUGAACCGGCGCCCGAUGACCAAACGGACGGCGAUGCGCCCGCUGGUGGAGAUGGUAGUGUUAACGGUACUGCAGAUGGAGCUGCCGAUGCCGACGAGAAUAAUGUAAAUAGUCCGGGAGAGGAUGCAGCAGCGGCAGCAGCAGCAGCAGCAGCAGCGGCGGCGGCGGGUACAACGACGGCGGGAAGUCCCGGAGCGGGUAGCGCCGGAAGACAGACCGCCGUUCUCGUGGAGAGCGACGGGUUCGUGACGAAGAACGGCCACAAGGUGGUCAUCCACUCGCGAUCGCCGAGCAUCACGUCGCGCACGGCGGAUGUCUGAGCCAGGCCUCGCCCCCCCCUCCAAGAUGCACGCGAGUAUUAGCAUGAGUACGUGUUGGAUGUUGCACGUUGCAUCAGCACAUGCAGCAGCGUAUGCAGCAGCGUUGCAGCGUUGCAGCUACAACAACAGUGAGCUAACAACAACAGCAACAAGGCGAACAACAAGCAUAAUUUUCUGCUAUAUAAUGAAAGAACACCAUACAAAACAAAUACAACAACAAUAACAGAAACAAACAAACAAACAAACAACAUCAGAAGAACAAGUAAAAACAACAACAAACCCGAUGAUAUAACGAAGAAGAUGAACAACAACAACAACAAGAACACCAGAGUAACGUCUUUGAUUUGAAACAUACAUAUUUGUAUACCCGCAUUAUUCAGUUAACGAGUCAGCAACCAACAACAAUCAUACUUAAGCUAAACCGAAAUGUCUAAUUAAUUUGUAAGCAGCUCGUAGUCCAAUCCAUAUAGGCGUUAUGUCCAAACAACUAUUUGCCUAGGCAGGUGGAUGAAUAAACCCAUAAAUACACAUAAAUACACACAAAUACAGCACAUCACACACAAACACACCGCAUCUCACAAACACACACACCCACUCCCACAUCAACAGGACCAUAAACAAUUAUAAACCCAAAAACCAAAAAGAAAACCAACACUGAUAACAAAAUUGAAGAACGACGAACAAGCUCUACAAAUUGUAUUUGCCAGUAGUGAGAGAACCCAAAAAAAACACGCUUUAUUUAAUUACCUACUUGCAAAACUUAAUAACAAAAUACUAAAUAACAAAAGAGGAGAAUGGCGACCAAAUAAUGGUAAUGGUUAGGAAGCAGAAGCAAAUCCAGAAGAACAAAAUAAUCAAUACCCCAAAAGCAACAUUCUAUAACUUAUUCUAAACGAGAUGAGAACAACACCAAUUUGCAUAGUUUGUAUUGUAUGUACAUUUAUCCAGCUAAAUAAUGAAAAGCCAAAUGGUUGAAAUCAAAAGCGGACCCAAAACAACUAGAAACUAAAGCGACACCAAUAAAUAAACAAAUACCGCCUGAACUGCCAUUGAAAGCAAUACGAACCAAAAACAAAUGAGAACAACCAAGAGAGGCAAACAAUAGCGAAAGCUGCUAGAUGUCAAAGUAUAAACACACCACAUCCACACACCAUCCACUCACACCAACACCCGCUCACACGCACACAAACACACACUCAGGCACACACACACACAGAAGGAGGGGAAAAGGUCACCAGGAGAGUAAUAAGCAGACAGAGUUAUUUCACAUUCUCAGAUACGAUCGAACUAAAUAAUCGGACAUUCCCUUUGCAGUUUCGAUUCAGGCGAUAACAUCCCAUUCCAAUGGGUCAGCAAGAGAGUUCAAAGCAAACAUUUUAACAUUCUAACCAUAGCGAUCGCAUAUUUGAGGUUAUGUCUCAUUUUGAGGUUAUGUCCUCGCCUUGAGGUUAUGUUCUCACUUUGAGGUUAUGUCCUCAACUACAUACACACCCCCACACACACACGCACACACCCAAAACACGGACACAAUGCGACAACAGUACCGAACAAAUCCUUGGAGUUGGGGCGCAUGGAGCCGCGGAAAGUGAGACGAAGACGAGUGAAACCUUCAACGAAGACCUUAGCAAUUCAAAUUUGAAUUCGAUCAGUCAAAACCCAAUUAACAAAAACAAUUAACAAAGAACGCUGAACGAAGAAUGACGAACGAAGAACGUAGAAAACGCGCAAGAAGUGAAUAAAUGAAACGAACAAUGCCGAGAAUGUGAAGUGAAAGAGAACCCAGUAACGAAACAAGUUUAAAGCGAGGCGAAACAAGUGCUAAAAGACGAGAAAAUAAAAACAAUUCGGAAAAUAGCAGAAGAAGCGUUUGUGCAUAGCACGGAAUUAAAAAAAAAAUAUAUUGCAAAUAGAGAUACGAAAACGAGUGAACAAAUUUGAACAAGUUUUUGUUUUCAAAGUGCUCUAUUUUCACAUACUUCUUUUUUUAUCUUUAACCUACAAGUAGAAUCGAGCAAAGACCGAGAUAAAUGGUUAAUUACACAAUGAGCAAGGAGAGUAAAUACCAAACGAAUAUAUAUUACACAUAAUUAUAACAUAACUAAUUUAACUAAAAUACGAUAUUAAUACUGAAUUGAAUUCAAACAAAGUUUUAGCCCGACCGCUUAAAAGCGUAGCAUACUUUUCAGCGCCAGUCGCCUUCGCAUUCGCUUUCAUUUCCGUAUCCGCCGCAAUCGCGUUAUAACGAUAGACGAUGGAGAUGUAAGCAAACCGAAAAUCGAUAACUGAUAAACUACCAAAAUAUGAAGAGAAAAAAAAAAACAAAACAAAAAAAGAAAGUAUUUCGAUCAGUUGUGCCCAAUUUUGCCAAGCUAAGCUUUGUUUGAAACAGCUUUACUGCAUUUGAUUUCUUUGGUUUCUCUGUCGUAUGAUUUACUAGCUAGCAAUGCCUUUUUCGCCGCUGUUCAGUUAUGUAUCGACAAACAAACGAUAACUGAUACCGAUUACGAUAACGUUCAAUAAAACUCCAUCGAAUGGCCCCGCUACACUGAUGGUUGUGGAGUAGUUCAACCAGAGUGAUAAUUAUAUGUGAGGUUCCACUGCGCACACAGUACACAGUACAGUACACACUCGCCACAUUGCCCGAACUCACACUCACCCAACAUAUAGACUCUCAGAUACAUGUAAAUGCUUUGCUUUUGCUUUGAAAUUGCUGCAAUCGUAGGGAGGUGAAUGAGAAACGAAUACUUUGGGAUCAAUGCGUUUUUUAGUUUUAACAAUAAAACAACUACCAAUUCACCCACUGACACUACUCACGUUUUUGAGAAAACAUACACAAUUACAGACUUGGGCAUUGAAAGGAGAAACUUCUUUCAGUGACGAAACGAUCCUCUUCUCGCUGACUUGCUCUCACUCGUUCUCCAACACAACACGAAUUGAAACUGUUAUACGAAACAUGCUUUCACACACCGCUUGACUUCUAACUAUCUGUUAAAUCAAAUACAAAUGCGGAACUUGUUCUAAGCACAUCCACAUCUACCCACUAAAAGGUAAACAGCAUCGUACAAAAUUAAUCAACAUUGGGAAAUUGACAAAUGACCCUCGGCCAACCAAUGCUUUGAUUUGGACCCUUUGGACAUAUGAAAUUCUGUUCCAUUAAGUUUUGUUUCUUAGUAGAUGCCAAUUUCCGGUUCACAGUUCUCUUCAUUUAGUGGCCAGAGUGUUUAUAUUUACUUUCUGUGUUGGAUACCUGUAGUAAAUGUAUAACAGUAUUAUAACCGUUACAUGACAGUCCUACAUUAGAAGCUUAACACGCUUAUAACAGUUUAAUCUCUGUCAUACUGAGCUGAUAAGUCAAUCGUAAGGCAUUUGUAUAACGGUUUGGCAGCUGUAUAACAUAUUUGACCAUUUUUUAAGUCCAGUUACAUUUGGCAACUUAACAUCGAUCAGCUGUCUUAAUUUGUUCGCAAAAACAAGUAAUAUAGAAAACAUAUAGAAAGUAUUCCGCAAUAGCUUCCCAAUACUAGACCGUUCCCAAUUCACAACGCGAUCAAUCACUAUUUAUCCUAGCCAACACAAAAAAGUAACGCAAACAACAAAAAUUGUAGAGUAAUAACUUGUGUAUAUUAUGGGGACCAGUUUAAGCGUUGCCUUAAAGCCCAAAAAUUAAGUGUUUAUUUAUUUGCGCACGCUUUUACCAAAGAGCUUUGUCGUUUAGAUCAGAUUGACCCCGUGACCCCUUGACCCCGUGACCGCUUAACCCCUUACCAAACCUGAACCUAGACGCAACGCAACCCGACUCGAACAGACUCCGAUUUGGUUCGUCUUACAAUCAUCGUAUUACGUAUUUGUAUUUUAAUCCCACAUUGAUUUAACGCUUGCCGAUUGCCAAUUUUGUAACGACUUGAAUGUAGCUUCAUUAUUAUAUACAUUUUGUUGGCUGUUUGACAAAUAAUACGAGUACCCACUUUGAUGAAUAAUAGAUCACAUGGAAAUAACGCAAAACGAUAAAUCGCUUAGUCGAGAAUAAUAAACGAAACAUGCUAUAAACUAAUAACAGAAAAUUAAGUUUGAAAAUUCCGUACAAAAUGCAUAAGUUUAACGAAAAAAGCAUAUAAUACUGAGAGAACUUAACGCAUAAUAUAUCUACUUAUACUGAGUGCACUGUUAUAAACGAGGGGCGGGGCGAGAUUAAAUAAACAACAAGAACAACAACAACAACAACAAAAACGAAUCAAACGAAAAAGAAAAACAAAAACAAAACAUUAUAAUGGUAUAUACUUCAAGAUAUUAUACUAUCAAUGUGUGAAUAACAUCAUAUGCAAAACAACAGCCACACAUGAAGCUUAUGCGACAAGCAAACCGAUGAAAAGCAACAAAAAAAACUUAGCAAGAAGUCGAGAAAGAGAUACUAUACUAUAAUAUACGUGUAAAUUUACAAUAAUAAAUGCCGAGAGAGGGAUAUGAAUUUUAGCAAGCGGUAAAUUCAAAACGAAACCGAAACGCAAAUCGAAAUCGAAAAGUUGAAAAUUAUAUAUGAGAACUCGAUGACGAAAAGGACGACGACGACGUCGUGAAUGGAUGAUAACGAUGUUGAUAAGGAAAUCUAUUUCAUAUUUUUAGCAUACGUGUAAACAUAUUUUUUGUGCCGAAGUUACGUUCGAAGCAACACGCGCAUCAUUGCCAUUAGACAAAAUAAAAUUAAUUAUAUAUACAAUAUGCCUAAAAAUAAUACAAAAAAAACAAAAACAAAAACAAGAACAAAACUACCACUAAUAAUUAUAAAAAGAAAACAAAACAAAACAACUGCAUAUUUUGUGCUGCUGAAGAAAGUCACAACGCAACAAAAAACAUGAUAACAAUAAAACA